GUCGUAAAUAAUGUGUGGCGAGUAUUGGUAAUUAAUUUCUCGCAGCUGAAGUAAAUCAAUUAUCCGAAACAUCUCACAAAUAUCCGCACAAAACCUCACACAAUAUGACGGAGGCCUUGUUUGACGAAUGGAACGAGCUGAACGUCGAUUUCAAGGAACUUGAGAUCGCCAAUAAAAACUACCUUCAAAAACUCGAAGAAGUGUCCAGCCAUCAGAAGAAAUGCUUGGAACACAUAAACCAUCAGAAAUACAGGCUCAGUGUCAUGUCAAAGGGGCUGAAAGAUGCUCUGAAACAGGGUGCGUGCACGGAGGAGUUGAAUGAGUUACAGACAAAUAUUUUAAAGAGGAAGGCUCAGCUGUUUGAGGUUGAACAAACCCUGCCCAAGGAGAAUGGAACUUACCUGAAAAUUAUCCUGGGUAAUGUGAAUGUGUCAAUCUUAAAUAAAGAGGAAAAGUUUAAAUAUAAGGACGAAUAUGAAAAGUUCAAGUUGAUUCUUAGCAUAAUAGGAUUUGUAUUGGCGGUACUUAAUUUCAGCGUGAGAUUUAGGGCUUUAGAGUUAAGUUACAUAUUUCUUUUGGUAUGGUAUUACUGCACGUUGACAAUACGUGAAAGCAUAUUAAAAGUAAAUGGAUCGAGAAUCAAGGGAUGGUGGCGGUUCCACCACUUCUUGUCUACUGUGGCGGCGGGCAUUCUCCUCAUCUGGCCGGAUACCGAGACCUGGCACCUAUUUCGGAACCACUUCAUGUACUUCACCAUGUAUAUAAGUCUAGUGCAGUAUUUGCAGUUUAGGUACCAGAGAGGAGUUUUAUACAGACUUAAGGCACUGGGUGAACGUCACAACAUGGACAUUACUAUAGAGGGUUUCCAUUCAUGGAUGUGGCGUGGACUCAGUUUCCUAUUACCAUUUUUAUUUGUCGGCUACAUGUUUCAAUUGUACAUCGCCUACGACCUUUUCACAAUUUAUCAGCAGCACCAGGAGACCAGCACGUGGCAUGUUCCAGUAUUGAGUUUGAUGUUCCUGAUACUGUUUGUCGGCAAUACGGCCACGACCAUAAUGGUGAUCCCGAGUAAGUUCCGUGAGAAGAUGCGCCUGAAGUACCGCCUGAUGAGCCAACGAUUGAGCGGCCAGCUCCUCAACCGAGAGGUAAAUACCACCGCCCUAAUCAAACCGGUAAUCACUAGACUGAACUCGAUACCGAAGUUUUAUCUGCCGGAGAACCGGCCCAGGGGUUUGCGGUAUGCCGCCAUUACCGCCCUAAAAGUUACGGUUUCCGUAUUUAUCACGAUAUUCGCCAUUCCUAAGUUGUUGAACUGAUCAACAGCUGUUGUAAUUUAUUUAUAAUGAGACUGAUACUAUGUUAAGUACUAUUGUGUUGUUUUUAUAAUUUGUAAUGACCAUUGCCAAUCAUUUUGCGUUUUGCAUUCGCAAAGUACUUAUGGCAUUAUGAGCUUUAAAAAGUUUUGAUAAAACUUGUUUCUGGGACUUCCUAUAUACGAAUAAAGGACUUUAUACCCUUGAUA